CUAAAUCUAAAUGAUUAAUCAAAACUUUAAACAACCUCAAUAAUCUGAACUCUCACAAAAACCUUAUAGAAAUGUUAGACCUUCAUCAUUUCUUAAUUCUUUUGAUCUUUUACCUACAAACUAUUAUGCUCCUCUUAAAAUUUCGGGAAAUAAAUUUAAAAAACAAAAUUACAACCUUUAGUAAAAACCUACUUCGUUAGAUCCCAUCUAAGAAUAGAGCUUACCGAAACUUGAUCAAAAAAGAAACAUAUUUUAAAAUAAUCAAAGUAGUAUACCUCAACAAUCUUCACUUUACAUCUCAGUUCUAGAGAUGAAUUCUGAUUAAAAUAGAAGAAUCAAAACCGAAAUAGAUGAAUAAAACGAAAAGAUUAAUAAGUUACUUAAAUAUAAAGGUAAACAAGUCUAGAUAGCCCCAGAUUUGCUUCUUAUUAAUUAAAGAAAUUAACUCGAACUUUUAACUUUAGAAUAAAAUGAACAACUGCCUAAAAGAAAAAUCAUGAGGAAAUUAACUAAUGGAAGGCUUUUAAGAUUAGAUCCUUGAAUAUUUUUUUAUCAGCUUGUGAUUUUAUAUUAAUAAC